AUGAACAAACGCACUGGCCGAAGUAGAGCAUCAGCUGGAGCGGCUGACUUAUCCCUCACUUUCACCUGCCGAGACCCACGUCCUGGCCUCACCGCACACGUCCUCCCCACCGUCGAUUCUGCUGCGCCCUCGCCGCCGUCCGAUUCCUUAGACAGGCGUUUGUGCACUUCCGCUAUUCGCGUCCGUUCCCGGCACGCAGCCACGCUGGAUUCGCACGGUCGUUCAGGGAAUCCGGAUUUAUUUGCAAGCACGCCGGGUUUGCCGGCGUGGGUUGCGGAGGAGCGUCCGGCUUUCGGUGGCGGUGGCAGCUAUGGGCGGCACGGGCUUGUGAGAGAGGCGACAGGGGGAGGGCGUAUCUUGGGCGGGUCGAUCGACACUGUAAUCUACGAUGGUUUCAAGCCCUACUUCGAAUCCGCUCCACGAUGGCGGCAGGCCCCUUCCCCCGUCCCGCUGCGCGUUCUUUCCGCCUCCCUCCCCUCGGGGCGCUGCGCCCUCUCCAUCCUCCGCCACCCCUCCCCCGCACCCCUCCCCCCAACGGAGUCCUCCGCCCAGCGCAGCGCCCUGCAGCAGCGCACGGCGCGCGUGCAGAGGAGAAGACGGCUAGCCGGCAGGAUGCAAGAGGCGCUGCCGUUCCACCGUCAGUUCUGCCUGAAACCGUUUGAGCUGCCACGGGGGGUGCCAACGCUACCGUUGGAGAUGUGCCGUGGGGAUCACAUCAUCACUAUCGUCACCACUGCUUCUCUGCCCUGGCUCACUGGAACCAGCAUCAACCCAUUGAUGCGGGCAGCGUAUCUCAGCCGUCUAUACGCCAUGCGCGUGCUGCUGCUCGUCCCUUGGAUCCCCCCGUCGGACCAGCGGGUCGUGCACCCCGCGCACGUGUUUGACACGCGCCAGCAGCAGGAGGGGUUCGUGCGGGAGUGGAUAGAGAAGCGCCUGGGGUUUGCACCGGUGUUCCGCAUUGCGUUCUACGACGCGUGGUACGACCCGCGCAAGGGCAGCAUCUUCCCCCUCGACAGGUCGGACGUAACGGAGUGUGUACCAGACGAGGAGCUGGACGUGGCAGUGCUGGAGGAACCCGAGCACCUCUGCUGGUACCACAUGGUAGGCCCCAAGUGGCGCACGCGCUUCCCCCUCUCCAUUGGAAUCGCCCACACCAACUACACCGAGUACAUCAAGCGCGACCUCAUCUACGGGGGUCCCCGCACGGCGGCGUUCCUGCUGGUUUACUCGUGGCUGGUGGCGCGCGCUAAUUGUCACCGUGUGAUCCGGCUGUCUGGAGCAGUGCAGCCGUUCUGCGACUCCAUCGUGUGCAACGUGCAUGGGGUAUCCCCUCAGUUCCUAGACGAGUCUCAUGUGACGCCACCGCAUGCCACAGGCGUGUACUUUGUGGGCAAGGUGCUGUGGGGCAAGGGCUACCAGGAGCUGUGUGACUUGAUGCGGCACCACUGCAACAAGCACGGCCGGCCCACACAACCCCCUGCUCUGCCUCCUCCUGCCUCCGCUGCGGCACUUAAGGCAUCUCAACAGGCGCCCCCUGCUGCUGCUGCUAACGGGCAUGCGAACACACACACACAGGCACACACGGGCACACAGAAGAACGGUUAUGUGCAUGCGCAGACCGGCAACUGUGUAUGUGAUGAUGCAUCCAAGCCUCGCAAUGGGUGUUAUCACGGGGAAAUGGGCAAUGCUGGGGAUGUGGGAGGAGCAGAGGAGGAGCGAAGGGGAGGGAAGGAGGGAGGCGAGGAGAAGGAGAGAGGGGAGGAGGUGGUGGGGGAUGGAGAGCGGUUCUGGGUUCAUGCGUAUGGCGAUGGGUUUGAGGAGGGGCAAGUGAAAGCCUAUGCCGCCAAGCACGAGCUGCCCAUAGUGUUCCAUGGGAGGAAGGACCACGCAGACCCAGAGCUCCUCAACUACAAGGUGUUUGUGAACCCGAGUGUGAGCGACGUGCUGUGCACCACAACGGCAGAGGCGGCAGCGAUGGGAAAGAUCUUGGUGCUGUGCCGGCACCCCUCCAACGAGUUUUUCAUCCAGAACAUCCCGGAGAACUGCGUCACCUAUGACCCCAACGACCCAGAUGACUUUUCGGCAGCGAUGGCGCGUGCACUGGCGCAUCCCCCCCGCCCUCUGACACCAGAGGAGAAGAGAAUUUUCACUUGGCAGGCCGCAACAGAGCGAUUCAUGCAGGUGGCAGGCCUAGCUGGUGCUGCUCCCUAG